AUGCACGAGGCUGCCAUGCGGGCGCAUGUGAUCGCAUGUCUCUCGGGGCUUCGACUUACUAAUAUCUAUCUAUCUAUCUAUCUAUCUAUCUAUCUAUCUAUCUGCACACUUUUAUUGAGAACUAUUCAUAUCUCCAUUUGCUCUUAUAUAUAUAUUUAUUGGUGGUUCACAUUCUUCUUCUUCUUCUUCUUCUUCUUCUUCUUCUUUUCCUCUUCCACAUCCUCCUCCUCCGUCUUCUUCUUCCACAUCCUCCUCCGUUUUCAUCUUCCUCGUCCUCCUCCUCCUUCUUCUUCUUCUUCUUCCACGUCCUCCUCCUUCUCCGUCUUCUUCUCAGUCUUCUUCUUCAUCUUCUUUUUUUUUCUUCUUCUUCCACAUCCUACUCCUUCUCAGUCUUCUUCUCAGUCUUCUUCUUCUUCCACAUCCUCCUCCUUCUCAGUCUUCUUCUCAUCUUCUUCUUCUUCUUCUUCUUCUUCUUCCACAUCCUCCUCCUUCUCAGUCUUCUUCUCAGUCUUCUUCUUCUUCCACAUCCUCCUCCUCCUUAGUCUUCUUCUUCUUCUUCCACAUCCUCCUCAUUCUCAGUCUUCUUCUUCUUCCACAUCCCCCUCAUUCUCAGUCUUCUUCUCAGUCUUCUUCUUCUUCCACAUCCUCCUCCUUCUUAGUCUUCUUCUUCUUCUUCUUCAUCUUCUUCCACAUCCUCCUCAUUCUCAGUCUUCUUCUCAGUCUUCUUCUUCUUCCACAUCCUCCUCCUUCUCAGUCUUCUUCUCAGUCUUCUUCUUCUUCCACAUGCUCCUCCUUCUUAGCCUUAUUCUUCUUCUCCUUCUUCUUCUUCUUCGUCUUCUUUUUCUUCUUCCACAUCCUCGUCAUUCUCAGUCUUCUUCUUCUUCCACAUCCUCCUCCUUCUUAGUCUUCUUCAUCUUUUUCUUCCACAUCCUCCUCCUCCUUAGUCUUCUUCUUCUUCUUCUACAUCCUCCUCCUUCUCAGUCUUCUUCUCAGUCUUCUCCUUCUUCCACAUCCUCCUACUUCUCAGUCUUCUUCUUCUUCUUCCUCUUCCACAUCAUCUUCCUUCUCAGUCUUCUUCUCAGUCUUCUUUUUCUUCCACAUCCUCCUCCUUCUCAGUCUUCUUCUUCUUCUUCCACAUCCUCCUCCUUCUUAGUCUUCUUCUUCUUCCACAUCCUCCUCAGUUUUCUUCUUCUUCUUUGUCUUCUUCUUAGUCUUCUUCUUCUUCUCCUUCUUGUUCUUCUUACACAUCCUCCUCCUUCUCAAUCUUCUUCUCGGUCUUCUUCAUCUUCCACAUCCUCCUCCUUCUUAGUCUUCUUCUCCUUCUUCUUCUUCUUCUUCUUCCACAUCCUCCUCCUUCUCAGUCUUCUUCUUCUUCUCCUUCUUCUUCCACAUCCUCCUCCUUCUCAGUCUUCUUCUCAGUCUUCUUCUCAGUCUUCUUCUUCUUCCACAUCCUACUCUUUCUUAGCCUUCUUCUUCUUCUCCUUCUUCUUCUUCUUCUUCUUCGUCUUCUUUUUCUUCUUCCACAUCCUACUCCUUCUUAGCCUUCUUCUUCUUCUCCUUCUUCUUCUUCUCUUCUUCUCAGUCUUCUUCUUCUUCCACAUCCUCCUCCUUCUUAGUCUUCUUCUUCUUCUUCUUCUUCUUCCACAUCCUUCUCCUUCUCAGUCUUCUUCUCUGUCUUCUUCUUCUUCCACAUCCUCCUCCUGCUCAGUUUUCUUCUUCUUCUUCCACAUCAUCUUCCUUCUCAGUCUUCUUCUCAGUCUUCUUCUCCUUUCACAUCCUCCUCCUUCUCAGUUUUCUUCUUCUUCUUUGUCUUCUUCUUCUUCUUCUUCCACAUCCUCCUCCUUCUCAAUCUUCUUCUCAUCUUCUUCUUCUUCUCCUUCUUCUUCUUCUCCUUCUUCUUCCACAUCCUCCUCCUUCUCAGUCUUCUUCUCAGUCUUAUUCUUCUUCCACAUCCUCCUCCUUCUUAGACUUCUUCUUCUUCUUCUUGUUCUUCUUCUUCUUCUUGUUCUUGUUCUUCUUCUUGUUCUUCUUGUUCUUCUUCUUCUUCUCCUUCUUCCACAUCAUCUUCCUUCUCAGUCUUCUUCUCAGUCUUCUUCUUCUUCCACCUCCUCCUCCUUCUUAGUCUUCUUCUUCUUCUUCUUCCACAUCCUCCUCCUUCUCAGUCUUCUUCUUCUUCUUCCACAUCAUCUUCCUUCUCAGUCUUCUUCUCAGUCUUCUUCUUCUUCCACAUCCUCCUCCUUCUUAGUCUUCUUCUUCUUCUCCCACUUCCUCCUCCUUCUUAGUCUUCUUCUUCUUCCACAUCCUUCUCCUUCUCAGUCUUCUUCUCAGUCUUCUUCUUCUUCCACAUCCUCCUCCUUCUCAGUUUUCUUCUUCUCCUUCGUCUUUUUCUUCUUCUUCUUCUUCUUCUUCUUCUUCUUCCCCAUCCUCUACCUUCCCCGUCUUCUUCUUAGUCUUCUUCUUCUUCUUCUUUUAGCUAUUAGUGAGUGUGCUCGCAUCUAUCUAUCUAUCUAUCUAUCUAUCUAUCUAUCUAUCUAUCUAUCUAUUGCAAUUUGUUCAUAUCUAUCUAUCUAUCUAUCUAUCUAUCUAUCUAUCUAUCUAUCUAUCUAUCUAUCUAUUGCAAUUUGUUCAUAUCUAUCUAUUUAUCAAUCUCAAUUUCUUCAUAUCUAUCUAUCUAUCUAUCUAUCUAUCUAUCCUAAUUCGUUCAUAUCUAUCUAUCCAUCUAUCUAUCGAUCUAUCUAUCUAUCUCAAUUUGUUCGUAUAUAUCUAUCUAUUUAUCUAUCUCAACUUGUUCAUAUCUCUCUCUCUAUCUAUCUAUCUAUCUAUCUCAAUUUCUUCAUAUCUAUCUAUCUAUCUAUCUAUCUAUCUAUCUAUCUAUCUAUCUAUCCUAAUUUACUCAUAUCUAUCUAUCUAUCUAUCUAUCUAUCUAUCUAUCAUAAUUUGUUCAUAUCUAUCUAUCUAUCUAUCUAUCUAUCUCAAUUUCUUCAUAUCUAUCUAUCUAUCUAUUCUAAUUUACUCAUAUCUAUCUAUCUAUCUAUCUAUCUAUCUAUCUAUCUAUCUAUCUAUCUAUCUAUCUAUCAUAAUUUGUUCAUAUCUAUCUAUCUAUCUAUCCUAAUUUGUUCAUAUCUAUCCAUCUAUCUAUCUAUCUAUCUAUCUAUCUAUCUAUCUAUCUAUCUAUUCUAA